ACCGAGAUGUAAGAUGAGACGAUGCGGCAAACCUGAGUGGAGCGAAGUAUUAUUUUUUCAGUCUGAUUUCUGUGAAAACUCUGGAAACUUUGAAAAUAUUUCUGUAAUUUUUUCUCACUCUAGCUGACCUUCUCUACAAAUUGUGGUUAUAAUAAAUGCGAGGAGCAAUAUUUCAAUUUACUCUCCGCCGCACUUUCUCUACCCUUCCGGAACACGGAGGUCUCACAGUUUGGAACAAUAUUAAGAAGAAUUCGAACCCUUUGAGGUCCAAGGUUCCGAAUUUGCUGACUUGGUACGCCUGUGGUCCGACUGUGUACGACUCGGCGCAUAUUGGUCACGCCAGUUCGUACAUACGCCAAGAUGUAAUUCGAAGGCUGGUGGAGGGCAUUGAUGGUCGUCUCGGUGUCCUCCAGCUCAUGGGAGUUACUGACAUUGACGACAAAAUCAUAAUCAAGGCGAAUCAGCUGAACACUCCGUGGGAAAGUAUUAGUCGAAAAUACGAGCUAGAAUUCUUCCAAGAUUUGGAAUCAUUAAAUGUGAAACUUCCCCAUGUAAGGACCCGAGUGACGGAUUUUAUUCCGCAAAUUGUGACAUUUGUAAGUUCCUUGGUCAAGCAGGGAUACGCGUAUCCUGUAGCUGAUGGAAGCGUGUACUUUGACACGGGCAAAUAUCAAAGAUAUGGGAAAUUACGAAAGGUAGAAGAAAUCGCGCAAUUUGAAGUGGAGGAAGGACAAGGAAAAAAGAACAAACAAGAUUUUGCCGUAUGGAAAGGAUGGAAACCUGGAGAACCGUUUUGGACCUCACCUUGGGGGAAAGGACGUCCAGGAUGGCAUAUCGAAUGCUCAGCAAUGGCGAGUCACUACUUUGGCACAUCGUUAGACAUACAUUCUGGUGGGGUCGACUUACUUUUUCCACACCAUGAAAACGAGGAGGCUCAGUGUUGUGCAAACUUUGGGGUGGACGACUGGGUGACACACUGGAUUCACACGGGUCACUUAAAUAUCAAAGGGGAUACCAAGAUGUCCAAGUCUUUAGGCAAUACUAUAGCUAUUCGAGAUUUCCUGAAGGAGAAUUCUGCCGAAACGUUAAGAAUGUUUUGCAUCUUGUCAAAAUAUCGCCACGGGCUGGAAUAUUCUCAGGAUUCUCUGAAUCACGCCAAAUCUAUUUUGAAAAAGUUUAAGGAUUUCAUUUCCGACACGGUUGCAAUUCUCCAGUCAUCCAAAGUUGUUGUUCAAUCUACAGAUAAAGACUUAUGGAACGUAUUAGUUGAAACAAGACGCGACGUAUCUUCUGCUCUCGCUAACGAUUUUGAUACGCCUUCCGCAAUCCAUAAAAUUUCCGAAUAUAUCGAUGUCUUUAAUCUUUGCUACGUUCCAUCCGAUAAGAAAAAUUCCAUUUCGAAUUUGGUAGAUUUUGGGUUAGUUUUAGCAAGCAAGGAACUCGUCCGUAGUUUUGUUUCGAUUGUUGGGCUUUCCAAUGACCAGACUAUAAGUGACUCUACAAGUAUGGAAUGUUUGUUGACUGAAAUUAACCAAUUUCGAAGUGUUGUUAGGAAUUACGCUUUAGCUUCCGAUGAGGAAGACAAGUCAAUCAGAAAGAAGAAAUUAGUUGAAAGGAAACCUUUACUAGAAGCUUGUGAUCAAGUUCGAACAAAUCUUGUGGGAAUGGGAUUUGAUGUGAAGGACCAUGGAAAAUCGUCACACGUCGCUUCUAAUUAAUGAAGUGGUUACCUGUACUUUUAUAGUAUUUAAUAUAUAUAAUUUAAUUUCUUUAUAUCUAAUUUGCACUUGUUAUUUAUUUGUAAUUGUCAUUAAAGUGUUAUACAAUUUGCACUUUGUAUACUGAUUUCUUUAUUUCUA